UAUGUCUCACCUUUCUCACUUUCUCUCUCUAAAGCAACCACAUUUCUCUCUUUCCUUCUUCAUCUUCUCUAAGAUCAAGCUUUCGGGAAAAGGAAGAAGCCAUGAGCUCCUCAAUUAUGAAAACUCUCCAGAUUCGUAAACCAACUUCUCUCCCCGUCUCUUCCACCGCUGCCAACGCUGGUGAACCAGGUGUUCUCCGUCGUCGUCUCUCUUCCCUUUCCCUGAAUCUCUCCCGUAACCAGCCUUCCACCGAUGAUUUCCACAGCUCCAAAUCUGUCUCUUCCAUGGGAGAGAAAGGAGGUAGCUCUAUGAAAGAAUGGUGGGAGUGGAGUUGGUCAUUGAUGAUUCUCUUGAAGAAACUACCAAUCUUUUUCACUGCAGAUCUUGAGUUUAACAAGGACGGAACCAAAUCCUUUUUUAGGAAUCAAGAAAGAGGCAGUUUAGCUCAAGUCUUCUUCAGGCUCCGAUCUGAGAUCCGACGUCUCCUCCGUACUUCCUCCUCUGACUCUCUUCCUCUCUCCUGCAAUCGAUGAAGUGAUCAUUGAAGGUUUAGACUUUAUGUGUAGUCCUCUACCCAUAUUCUUUAUAAGCAAAAUGCUUUUCUUUGGUUCUUAAUUCAAGGUGCGUGAUGAAGUUAUUUCAUUGUAAUUAAAUGUAUAAUUAUUUCAUUGUUUUGUUCUAAGCGAUGCAAUCAAACGUGAAAUACCGUUGUUUCUUUAUUUAUUACGCUAGGCUGGUGAAUGAUGAUGAAGAACAAUGAUUAUAAUGCAAGUUUAUUUGUUUCUUUAAAUUUUUAAAAGUUAAGCUGAAAACUAAAAAAACAUGAUGAUGUAUAUGUAAUAGAAUAGAUUGAACAACGUUGCUAACUUGC